AUGUUUUUAAAGACUUGGCGGUCUAUACGGCCGGGAUACGUUUACUAUUGUAAAUACAUGUCAUCACAAAGUAGCAAUGCCUCUCAAAACGCUAUUGCUCUAAGUGAAACCUGUGUACAGAAAUUAAAGCAGCUAUGUGAAGGAAAUCAAUUCUUGAGGCUCUGCGUAGAAAGCGGUGGAUGUUCGGGAUUUCAAUACAAAUUCGACUUAGAUGAUAAGAUUACGGAGGACGAUAAAAUCUUUGAAAAGGAAGGAGUGAAGGUAGUUGUUGACGAGACUUCUUUAGAAUAUAUAAAGGGAUCUACUAUUGACUAUCACACUGAACUCAUACGAUCUGCUUUUAGAGUUGUACAAAAUCCUAAUGCUGACAUCGGCUGUUCCUGUGGUGCAAGUUUUUCUAUAAAAAUAGAUUAG